UUGGACGCCUUCAACUUUUUGACAUUACACAUAGGAAGAAAGAUGGAAACCCUAUGACUCCUGAAGCUGCAGAAAUUAUGGAAAAAUUAAAGGAUAAAAAGGCGGAGUACGAAGCGAUUGCUUCCAGUGAUAGUUCUGUUCAUAUUGACGACAUUGAUAACCGGAUUAUCACUGAAGUUUUGGGUCCUGAAAGGUAUGGUCGGGUUCGAUUUCAAGGAUCUUUUGUUAACCCAUCCCAAUAUUUUGGAUCUAGCUCGCAACAAUAUAUGCCUUCGAGGAGUCGAGCCGAAGCUGAAGUUCAGAGGUUAAGAGACCAGAUGGCUCAGAUGCAAGCGACAACAAUUGAGCAAAUUACACAACUUAAAGCGGAGGCAACAUCGAGAGAAGCUGAGGUUCAAAAAAGAUAUGAAGAACUCCAGCUACAACUGAAAGCGAGAUGCAGAAUGAGAGAAGCCGAGGUUCAACGAAGUAUGAAGAACUCCAGGCAGACUUAA